AGGGCUUCCCUGAGCAUGCGUUCCCUGCUCUUCCUGUAGAGAGGAUACAGAUAUACUUUUUAACGAUUUGUCUUGACACAUGUCAUACACGGCGAUUAACUGCACACGAUCAAAAUGAACUACAUGCCAGGGACCGCGAGUCUCAUCGAUGACAUAGACAAAAAGCAUCUUGUACUGCUUCGAGAUGGACGAACGCUAAUUGGGUUUCUGAGAAGCAUUGACCAGUUUGCCAACCUAGUUUUUCAUCAAACAGUUGAGCGCAUCCAUGUGGGCAAGAAGUUUGGAGACAUCCCCAGAGGAAUCUUCAUUGUGAGAGGAGAGAACGUUGUUUUGCUUGGAGAAAUAGACGUUGAUAAGCUGUGUGACAACGUCUUGCAGCAAGUUUCUAUAGAGGAGAUCCUGGAGGAGCAGCGAUUGCAACAGCAAGCCAAGCAGAAGACAGAGAAAGCCAAGGUGACCGCACUGAAGGACAGAGGCCUAUCCAUCCCCAAGGCAGAUAAUCUCGAUGAAUACUGAAGGCACUUCUGUUCCAUUUUCUUCCGUAAUACUGGACUCCUCAGUUAUAUGUUGAAUAGGGGAUUAUUUUGAAGACUAUGAGAAGAAUGUGUGCUUUGUAGAUGACGCAAGUCACACUAAAUACUGUACUGAUUUAAUUUUGAUUGACUCAUUGGUUUGAGCAAACAAUGAAUUAAGUGAUGCAUGAUUUGAGGGUAGACCACACAACCUAGAUUGUCUACAAGACUACAUUUGAUGAGAAAUCAAUUAUGAUUUUCAUACCAUAGCACUGAGAACUAAGUCAAUAGUAUAUAGUGAUGAACUCUGUUAGUGUAAGCAGACACAUUGUAAUGACAAGAUUUGUUUUCCAUAAAAGUUUUUGUUAUUUUA